CAGACAUGAAUCAUUUUUAAACUUUUGAUCCACCAAGGAACUCCCUCAAUGAACUACCCAUCCAACCAAGCAUACAUACCUAACACAUUUUUCCUUACCAAAAGUCUUCCAUCCCACGACUAUUUAUACAUACCAAACAUCCAUACCUAUUUCAAAUAUCCACGCACAACAAAACUUCCCAAAACAUGUCGUCCCUUAGACAAAGAUCAUCCACUACUCCGGUCGACAACGAUGUCGACUUGCUACCACCACCCCCACCGCCGCCACGGCCUUCACAAAGCGCUCUCUCUCAAGCCUUAGAGAGCUCGGCCCACCUAGCCAACCUCCUCCCUACCGGCACCCUAUUGGCGUUUCAACUCCUAAUGCCUAUCUUCACCAACAACGGUGUGUGCGACAUGGCCACACGUCCGAUGACGUUGGGUUUGUUGUUCGUGCUAGCUCUUUCUUGCUUUCUAGCGUCGUUCACCGACAGCAUCAAGGCCUCGGACGGCCAAGUCUAUUAUGGUUUCGCUACGUUUAGAGGGAUGUGGCUGUUUGAUUACUUGAAUGCAGAGAGCUCAGGGCUGCCGGCCGAGCUGAGCAAGUACCGGUUGGGUUUCAUUGACUUCGUCCAUGCGGUGCUGUCCGUGCUUGUGUUCGCUGCUGUGGCGUUGAGGGACAAGAAUGUGGUGAGCUGCUUGUAUCCGAGUCCAGGGCAUGAGGUUCAGGAGGUGUUGGACAUUGUUCCUAUUGGAAUUGGGCUGAUUUCGAGUCUGAUGUUUGUGAUAUUUCCGACCAAAAGGCAUGGUAUUGGGUACCCGGUUACACGGGACCGAUGAUUUUUCCUUCUUGAUAUGGUGUUUGAUUCAUCGUGUAUUGGUAAUUUGAUGUAUGUUGAAUUUUUUAUGUUGUUGUUGUCUGAAUUAUGUUGAAUGUUAAUUAAG